AUGGUUCCCAGUGAUAUUAAUGGAUUCAAUUAUAUAGCUCCUCUUGAGAAUUCAUUCCAAAUUCCACAAAACUAUGUGUUACCCCAAAGUGAAAUACCAAACUUUCAUCUAAAUAAUCUCUUAAGCACUUUACCAAACUACCAUUACCCAUCAGCAGCCGCAGGGCAUGAAUUUGCACCUCCUUCUUGUCUAAGCAGCAACUCAACUACUUCCGAUGAAGCUGACGAACUUCAGUUCAACAACGUGAUUGAUGAAAGGAAGCACCGACGAAUGAUAUCAAACAGAGAAUCAGCAAGGAGAUCAAGGAUGAGGAAACAAAAACACUUGGAUGAACUCUGGUCACAAGUGGUGAGACUUAGAACUGAGAAUCAUAAUCUUGUUGACAAACUCAAUCAUGUUUCUGAGUCACAUGACAGAGUUGUUCGAGAAAAUGCACGCCUUAAGGAAGAGACUUUCGAUCUUCGCCAAAUGGUAGCUGAUAUGCAAAUUGGUAACUCUUUUCCUGGCAACAUGGAAGAUUUUUCUGAAAUUCCAGGCACCACCACAUCACAACUCAAUGAUGAUGAUUCCUCAAAACCAAUCAAUUCCACAUGA